GUCUCGCUGUAGUAGUGUGAUGCGCUACAUCCAGUCGAGCUGCUGUAAUCUUGUGGACGAUACGAUUACAAGUCAAAAAGGAUUUUAAAGGAAUAUAGUGCACGAAAUACAAGAAGAUUAGUGUUUUGACAUAUCUGGUUAACAACACAGAUAUUUUAUGGGUUAUAAACAGCUGGUUACGUCAGGUUAAAUUAGAAGCUUAUGCUCGCGGUCAGUCAGUUCACGUUGGUUUUGGCGCGUUAGAUUAUCUAAUCUGUGGUGAUAAAACGCGUUUGACUUCUCUACCGACAGCAAAUGUCUAACAAGCAUGUGUUAGUGGUGGAGUCAGAGUAAAACUGUGCAAAUGCGAGUGUGCACUACUGGAGAUUAAAGCAGUAUGGCAUCGUGGAGGGUCGCGUUUAUCGUUUUACUGUGGGAGUUCCAUUGUAGUGUUUGCCGUGACGUUUCUGUCCCGGCCGGUCCACUGUACCGGGUAGCCGGGUUCCCUCUGUCCCUGCCCUGCACCGUUUCAGCAUACGAAGGCUCACGGACUCAGGACUUUGAGUGGUCCCUGUACCGGGAGGAUGCCAAGGGUCAGCAGAUGCAUGUGGUGUCCACACGAGAUACCGAGUUCCCGUACGCUCCCUUCCAGCCUCGUGUACGAUCGGGUGAGGUUCGGGUGGAGAGGGACUCGGGCGACAAAGCCAGACUGAUAAUUCAGAGGCUCCGCCCAGAGGACCAGGGUCGUUACGAAUGUUACACGCCCAGCACUGACACCCGCUACCUGGGGAACUACAGUUCAUCAGUGGUGGUCAAAGUGAUUCCAGAUACUCUGCUCAUAACACACUCACGCAUCCUAAGCGGCCAGCCUAUGAUCGAGGGGGCGGAGCUUCAGCUGACCUGCAUGGCCUCCGUCCAAUCAGAGCAGCACACUCACGUGGCAGUCACGUUUGGCAUGCGAAGCAGCAAGGGGACGGAGUCCGCAGGCCACAACCUUCGAGAAAUCAUCGCCUUGGAUCGCGAGCUGCUUGUGACUCCGGGGCAUGGUGGAUCGUAUGAGAGGAGAUAUAAAGAGGGAGAAAUCGCUCUGGAAAAGAUAAAAGGAGAUGGAGGAAGGGAUCUGUACGUGCUGAAGAUAAGCGCCCUGACACCGGACGAUUCCGGAGCGUAUUUUUGCGAAGCCGUGCAGUGGGUCAGAGACCCACAGGGCACAUGGGAACGCAUCGCUCAGAGAACCAUGGAGAUGGGAAAUCUCACCGUUCAACCUCUCGCGGACACGCUCACCGUACGCUCGACACCAGAAGGUGCCGUAUCGCUGCAGACCGGCGCUCCGCUCACCCUCACCUGUAAGGUGUCUGGCGUGGGCUUGUGGAACCGCUCGGCACUCCUCGUCCAGUGGAUGCGGCGCGGGAGGACAGGGGGAACGGAGGUGGAGGUGGCACGCAUGGGCACUGACGGUGUCGUGAGCUGGGGCGAUGAUGUCAGCAGGGCGGGUGGAGGCAGUAUGGAGAAGGAAGCAGACGGGAGUUUCUCUCUGCGCCUGUUUUCUGUUCACCCCGUUGAUUCCGGACUCUACCGGUGUGCCGUGAGCGUGUACGCCGGCCGACUAACACCAGGACCAUCGAGCCCUGCUACCAUAACUCAGAGGUCUGAUUGGGUCACUGUUAACUUGAAGACUGAAGAUGUCCGUGUAUCCGCCACCAUUGAUCUGCUCCAACGAUCGCUGCUGAAACGAGGCAGUACGGUCAUCCUGAUCUGCAACGUUUCUGUGCUGACCACCGGUCCUUUCCAGGUGGAAGUGAAGUGGUUUCAGAAGAGAGAAGAUCCAGAGAGAAACAACAUCCCAUUGUCAGAGGACAGCAGAGGGCGCGCCCUGGCGACUCUGACCUACGCCGGUCUGGCACAGAUCCACAGUAACAGCAGUGAACUGAGUGUCGAUCGCGUGUCCGUGAGUUCUUACAGGCUGAGAAUAUUCUCGGCCCAUGAUGAGGAUCAGGGUCACUAUCGGUGUCAGGUGGAGGUUUGGUCACAGGACCCACACGGCGUAUGGUACAACACCGGCGGCAGAGCGGAGUCUGAGACCGUACACCUAUACCUGUAUGCUCGAGUUGCUGAUCUGCUGCUCAUUCCCCUGGUGAUCGGCGCCUCGUCUGCGUUGUUUAUUGGUGUGUUGAUCAUCUCAGCUGUGACGUGUUGCUUCAUGAGGAGACUCGCCAAACAGCGCUCACAAACAAGGAAGUAGGAAACUCAUGCAAAAACCAAUGAGAACAUUCAGUGACAAAAUACUUUGAUUGAAAUGUGCACUCAAAACGGUACGGCUUUCACGCUUAUUCAUGUGUGCAUGACACACAAAUGCAUGUGUAGACCCACACAAGCUGUGGUGUUUUUAUUAAGCUCCACUUUUAGCAAAUGUUGUAUGCGCAGCUGUUCAGGGAGGAAAGACUUGUGUGCUGGAUAUAAAUAUAUGUUAAACCUCCAUGCAGAAACUGUAAAGAUACACAAACAUGAAAUGUGAGUUUUUACAGUGAAUGCACGAUUCUCUCUCUCUCGUGUAUAUAUGUAUAUGACAGUAUAUGUCAUGCCUUAGUUUAUCAUAGUUUGUUUUUGUAUUGGUAAUGAAAUGCACCUUAUCAGUGAAGUCCCAAACCUUCCCUAAUGUUCACUGAGAUUUACUUCAUUAUAAACACAGACAUGUCUGGGUCAUGUUUUCAGACAAAAUCACAUUAUAUUUGAUAAUUAUAUACUGCAUUAUAUUUUUGCAAAAAAGAUUCUCAUUAUUACUGCAGUUAAAUAAAAAUAAAAAGAUUCAGUUGUUUAUUUAAUAAUAUAAUUAUUAUUAAAAGCAGCUUAAUUCUGUCCUUUCAGUACAGCAAAUAACACAAUUGUUUUAAUUGUAUUUUACUAAUUUACAAGUUUUUUUAUGGUAACACAAUUUUUGGCUUAAAUGUGUUUUGGUUGAAAUACAAUAGAAAAUAAUCGUAACGGUUUUUAUUUGACCUGGACAUUUCUUGACUGCUUUGUUAAAAUCUUUUUUUUUUAAGAUUUUUUUGUACAAAAUGUGAGCAAAGGGAUCAGAACCACUUGGAUACAAGGUCCAAAAAGCAAAUCGGAGGUUAACAUGUUUACACAUUAAAGACACAACGCUGAGAGAAACUGGGAUGACUUGAAUGUCUGUAUCUCAUUUAGCUGUUACAUUGUUACAGAGAUAAAAAACAUACUGAUGUUCAUUCUGUCUUUUUUAUUUUUCCUGAAACAUCCUCAGGUUUUUGUCAGGUUAUAGGAAACGUUUUUUAUAAUAUUGACACAAAACCAUUUAUUGUUUUAUACAAUGUUAAGAUCAGUUUAUUUAAUAACCCAAUCAUCUGAUAGUUAUUGGAUGUGUAUGGAUAUUGCGUGUUGUCUUUGCUGAAUCAUUCAUCUGAUUGUUGUGUAAGAUGACAGUACUGUGAUCUUCAGUCUCUGAUGUUAAAGCCACAUUAACUGUAAAAAUAAAGGACUGUGUGCUUUCUGUUCUUAUUUACCGUGUUCAUGUGCAGAAAUCUGAUUUAUCCUCUUAUUUGGUCAAGUCACGUGAUAGGAGGUGAAUAUUAAUCCUCACGUCUCUCAAUCCGCUGAUGUCAUUCUGACCCGUAUGAGUCUCAUAGUUUAUACUCAUCCUGUCCUUUAUCAACAAGACUAACAUGACCGAUCUCUCUCGCUAUCAGAUGCGUUUUUAAAGUCAAGUUGUACUUUACCACAAUACUGUAACACAUUGAUUAGAAAACGGAUUGUUUUGGUCAUUCCAUACAGUGAUAUCUCUAUCUGGAUGAAACUAUACAUAGGCGUUUAUAUGUAGCUGUUGUCUGUCUGGCACAGAUAUCCGGUUAUAUAACCAGAUUUAUAAAUGUUAUGUGACUUAUUACUGUGAAGACACUUUUAGGGCAGAUUUACUAAAUAAGGGGCAAAUUGUGCAUGAGUGCAAUUCCAAAAAAACGUGGAUGGGAGUGGGAAUAUCUGUGGGUUAUUUACUAAAAAGGUGCAAAUUCACGGAUGCAACAGCUGAUUUCCAUAAUGACCAAUGAGAGCAGCGCAAAUGAGUUCAGGGUAACAAAUAAUCAGAGCUGAUGAGGUGCAGGUGAUUCGCUAACACCUGAUGAGCUUGAGUUCAGCACCAGAGACAUCACAGUCAGACAUUGUGCGACUUCUCCUAGUUACCCCUCUUUUAUUUCCUCCAGCAAAUAAACAAUAACAUGGUUUGGCAAACAAUAUUUUUGAGUAAUAUGUGCCUCUGGCAUAUAUUUCGUGUUAAAACACUCCUAUGCCUUCUAUCAUACGCUUUUUGAUGGCUCUCAUAGGCAACAAUUGCAGACCUUUUAAGUGCAAAAUGAUUUAAGACAUGCUUUUUUCAGCUUUAAAUAAUGGCACAAAUACCAGUAAUAUCACACAUGCAGACAUUAGUAAAUGACGUUGCGUGAAUAAUUUAAAUACUCUUGCAUCUAAAAAGGAAACUCUUAAAAAUGCAUAUGCAAUAAGGUCAGUCGCAAAAAAUAACUAGACCACACAUUUCAGUUCUAAUUAUCCACUGCACAUCUUCAUUAAAUCCAGACAGUCGUUAUUUUACACCAAAAUGAUGGUUUGCGCUGGCAGUAGCUGUUAGUUAUUCUGUCCCUUAGACUCAUGUUUACAGUCUUGAAUCUCCCAGUAUGCACUAUAGACUAGAGUAGUUAAGUUGCAUCUACUAGUAGGGUCUCACCACAGAAACUAACCAUUAACUCAUUACCAUUUCAAUAUCAGAGUCAACUAAGAACCACUGAGGUUCUGAAACACUGCCACUUUACUUUGUUAUGAGAUUACCAGGACCAACUUUUCUUUAUUUUUAUGUUGUUUUAUUUUGAAUAGCAUGCACUGAUGAAUCAUAUAUAUGACAAACACCAGAAACAUUAUUAAACAUCAUGAAGUGUGUUUCAUUACUGCUUUGUCCUAAAGGAUUUGUACUGUAACACUUCAUUUUGUAAGAUUUUACUGUACUGUUGAUUUUUCAUGUGUAAAUUGUGCUGCGGUGUCCUGAAUAAUAUUGCUGUUGUAAAGGAGAUCAUAUUGUUGUCUGAUGUACAGUUGGUGCUGUUUAACCUCUCAGAGCUCCUGGUAAAAUCCUCUUUACUUAUACAGUAUAGUUAUCUGUGUGAAAGAUCAUCGUCACCUGAUGAUCUUUGUUUCAAUGACCAUCUGUACAGCGAUCACAUCAUCAACAUUACAUUUGCUUACAGUACAUUUGGUUAGUGACCUAGAAAUCCUAGUUAAGCAGUUUAUUUUUUACUUGAUUUAAAAUGUUUUCAAGUCUUUAUUUCCAGGUUUAAAUGACAGACUGUAUACUUCACUGUGUUUUGUACUUUAAAUCCAGUGCUGUAUGUGUGUUGUAUGUUAAACACCCUCACAUUUACAUAUCUAUUGUGAUGUGCUGCUGGUUUGUGAAUUUAUUACCCUGGUAACAGUUAGAGUCAAGUAGAUGUUGGCAUACAAAAUAUUCUGCCGUUUCCUUCUCAAGUUAGAUCUUAAACUAAUCUUACAUCUUUGAGCAAGAACAGAAAAUCAGAUAUUUCACUUCUGCAGAAACUAAAGAUAAACCUCAGUGACUGCUCGACUAGCAAUUCUGUUUAAAAACAUUCACCUUUUUGUUUUGUAAUAAAAUGUUGACAAUGAA